AUGCUUCUUUUAUUGAUUUUCUUGAUUCCGACUGUGUUGGCGGUUGGAAUGCCGGGCGUGGGAAUGGAACCCCCUCCCCCACCCAGCCAAGGAGAGCCGCAAUUUGGGCCAGGCCGAAGCGACUUCGCUAACGGUCCUCCACAAUCAAAUUUUCAGCCGGAACCACUGGACCAACCCCCUCCCCCACCCAGCCAAGGAGGGCCGCAAUUUGAGCCAGGCAGAAGCGACUUCGCUAACGGUCCCCCACAAUCAAAUUUUCAACCGGAACCACCUGUUCCUCAGCAAAACUUUCGCCCACAACAAGGAGCGCCGAUGCAGGCAGAUUUUGGUGGAGGAAGUCCUUUUGAUAAUCAAAACCGACCACCGCCUGACUACGGUAAUAUGGGGGAUUAUGAUGGGGGCGACGGUGCUGGUCCGGCCGGUCCUCUGUCUCGAUAUUUGUCCCCGUUGAGAAGAUUCUUUAAUCCGAUCACAAGACAUCACUUUGUACAUUCUGACCCAGUUGUCAUGAUGAGAAACAUCGGUGGAACGGGAGCACCCACGCAUUUCAUCAUUCCAGUGCCAACGUAUAACAGAAACCAAGAAGUAAUUGAUCAGCUUUGCCCGUUCUUGGUUCGAUUGCAUAGUAUGAAGAUGGGUGGAGCUCAGCUACUCGUCUCGAAUCCAUUCCAACAUCGACGUGGGAAAAUGAUGGGAUGGCGAGACAACGCUCCAGCGGGAAUGUGUUCAAAAGUCAGAGGCGCCUGUGGAGCUAAUGUCCCAAUUGUGGCCGCAAGACGGACAAAUCUUGACCCAGACUUCAUCCAUUUCGUCACUCGAAUCGAAAUGAACCAAUAUCUGAUGACCCAUCGAAAUUUUGUCCCCUCUGGACGAGGGGCGAUUUGUUGGGUUUGGCGA